GCGACGCGUUGCCAACGGCGCGAUGACGCGGAUGACGUCAUAGGCAGGCCUCUUCAGAAGAUGCUCGAGUUGGUCCGGGUGUCAUUUGUGCGUUAUGAGCCCCGGUGUAGCUAAGCUGCCUCCUUCUGACAAGGCCAUGUAUUCUCAUAUGGGCAAGGAGAUUUCCUUUCUAGCAUUCCACCCGCAGCACAGCGAGCCGGAUGAAGUUUACAUCACCGAGGACAUGCGGGACAAGGCGUACAACAUUUGCCGGGAGUUUUUGAGCGGUACUUGGAAAAGCAUAUCCAGCAGCGACAUGGUCUUCAAGUCUGUGAGCGGCGGCCUGAGCAACCUGCUGUACUACUGUUCGCUGCCGGAGACGCACACGCCACUGUACGGCGAGCCCAGCCAGGUGCUGAUGCGCAUGUACGGCCAGAUCCACAGCGAGGGCGGGGAGUCGACCGUCACGGAGAGCGUCAUCUGCACCCUGCUCUCGGAGCGCAACCUGGGGCCCAAGCUGUACGGCGUCUUUCCCGGCGGCAGGCUCGAGGAGUACAUACCCGCACGUGCUCUGACCAUCGAGCAGCUCAAGGACCCUGAGAUCUCGCUGUUGAUUGCCAAGAAGCUGGGCAAGGUGCAUGUGCUGCAGGCACCUCUGGUCAAGGAACCCACUUGGCUCUUCAACAACAUGCAGAGGUGGCUCAAGUAUGCGCGGAGUAUCAAGGUGGACUCGCUGCCAGUCAAGGACUACACAAACGCCGUCAACCUCCUCUCGGUCGACCUGGCUGCAGAAGUCGGCUGGCUCAGGGAGCUCCUGUCUACAGUGUGUUCUCCGAUCGUGUUCUGCCACAAUGACCUGCAGGAAGGAAACAUUCUCUUCAUGGAGGGUCCUGGCCCCAAAGAAGACAACAUGGUGUUCAUUGAUUACGAGUACUGUGCCUACAAUUACCGGGGGUUUGACAUUGGGAACCACUUCUGCGAGUGGAUGUACGACUACUCCUACCCCGAGCACCCCUACUUCAAGGUCUUGCCGCACGACUACCCCCGCCUAGAGCACCAGCGGGAGUUUGUGAGCCACUACCUGCGGUCGUACAAGAUGUGCCAGACGCUGAAGCCCGAGGACAACACGCCGGGAGCCAUCAACACGGUGGAGCACGUGCUCAAGGAGGCCCACAUGUUCACCCUGGCCUCCCACCUCAUGUGGACCCUGUGGAGCAUCUUCAACGCCCACACCUCCAAGAUCAAGUUCGGCUACUGGGAAUAUGGGCAGGCUCGGCUGGAGAGCUACCUCAAGCUCAAGCAGCAGCUGUUAACGGCGGCGUCGGAGCACCAGCAGCAGGUGGACUCGGAAGCGACGCCGGCGGCAACGACAUAGGGGAAGCGACGACCUGUGCUUGCCGUCUCCUCGAAUGGACAGUCCGGACGAGACGCGUGCCCCGUUUGUUGUGCCUGACCGAGAUGGAGGCCGUGUGACGCUCCCAGACAUCUCUCCAAAGACCCGACGGAAUCUUUUAGUGUACGAGCAUUUGGUGCUCUCUGGGGGAGGAGGUUUUCGUUCUUGGAGAGUGGGACCGGCAGAAGAGAGUGUGAAACCAGGACUGAUGUGACUUCAUCCCUGUCUUCUCAUAUGCUGCCAUAAUUUCAGAGAAGACACUUUUCUGUCGGGGAACAAGACCGGGCAGGCAAACUUCCCGUUUCACGAGUCUGUGGUAGUUCUCUCUGAGCGCGCUUUGUGCACCGGCUCGAUGAACGAGUCUAGUGCCAGCAUUGCCGUUUCCUAGCGCGUCGGAUUUGCCCCCCAGCCGCGGGUGAGGGUUCGGCGAGGGUGUGCCUUACUGUAGCAUUUGCAGAGACUGCUUUUCUCGCUCACGAGGCGGGGAGACGCGACGACCGUGCGAGCUCGCCGUCGAGGUUGCGAGAAGCGGGACGAGUUUUACCUCAAUCUCAAUGAGCAUUGGACUCUAGUCAUAGGUCCCCCUGCCGCAACUGGCUCUUUGUGUUCACAAGGAGGCCUCCCAGUGGCAACUGCCCGCGUGGGAGGGCUCCACAUUCCACUAGUACUCAGUCGUGACCAAAGUGCUGCCAAUGGGGUGGGGGGGUUUCUAACGAGCUUGUUUGCAACACCUGCCAUGACAAGGUUCAGCUCUUCCAUUGUCCCACGUUAGGCUGCAAACUUUCUGGAAAGGAAGUGGCGGACCAAAAUUGUUCCCUUUUUUUUGUUGUUUGCUCUGGCUUCUUUGUUUAGGGCCAACUUUUUGCGUGUUCAGAAGGUGCAUUCAUAAGCGGCCGACAGUUGGCCAACUUCAUCCAGUGUGGGACGAACGGCUCGAUAGUUUCGGGCAGCGUCCCAAUGAGAAACGCCUGUCCUAGCUGCACGUUGCUCCAUUGAUACUGGUUUUAGUGUGCAAAUGCAUCGUCGACUAGGCAUUUGAUUUGUAUUCGUGAAUGGUGUUGGCCACUUGGGAUGGUGCGAACAUGUCCUGUCAAUCCUAAUUGGACCUAGUCUUGCAGGUGGUUUUUUAAGUGAUGGAAUAGACCCUCGGGUGAAUGUUGGAACGUAUUUGUAAAUAAAUGAAAUGCUGCAAAGUA